AUGUCGAACUUAUCAAAGCUUGAGUUCGUGGCACUUGACAUUUCUGGAAAUAAUUACUUGUCAUGGGUACUCGACGCUGAAAUUCACCUUGACGCUAAAGGUCUUGGGGCCACUAUUACCAACGGAUUGAAGGUUGAAUACCUUACGGUGAAAGAUCCACUUGAAUUGUGGACUGGUUUGAAGGAAAGGUAUGACCACCUUAAGGCAACGCAGCAAUACCGUGAAAGGGGAUUCAAAAAGUAUUCUGAGUUGAUCUCAUGCCUUCUUGUGGCUGAGCAACAUAAUACUCUUUUAUUGAAAAAUCUUGAGGCCCGUCCCACGGGAACUACUUCGUUACUGGAAGCAAAUGAGGUUGAAGCACAUGGCCAGUCUGAAAGAAGAAAAAAUAAAAAUCAAGGCCAAAAUAAUGUGCGUGGACGUGGCAAUGGUAGAGGACGAUAUAAUAAUCGUCGUGGUGGUGGUCGCCACAAAAGGGAGAACAAUAUGGGUUCUCAAAGCAAUCCUUCAAGAGGCAAUUGUCAUCGUUGUGGCUUGAAAGGGCAUUGGAAGAAUGAAUGUCGAGCAGCUGAGCAUUUUGUUAGGCUUUAUCAAGAUUCCUUGAAAAGAAAAGGAAAUAAAAAUGGUGCAUCUUCUUCUAAUGCUCGGGUGGAGUCACACUUGACUUAUAAAAAUUAUGCCGAGGCAGGGCCUUCACAAAAAUAUGAUGACAAUAUUGAAGCAAAUUUGGCUUUAAAAGAUGAUGAUUUUGGUGACCUUGAUGAUAUUACUCAUUUGGAAGUUGAAGACUUCUUUGGAGAUCAAAAUUAA